AGCGCGCUGCGAUCACUAAGAGAGGUCUGUGUGAGUGUGUGUGUGCUUGUGUGUGUGUGGAAUUUAAUUUUCUUCUAUAUGAAAGAAAACAAGUAUAGACCCUAUCAUCUGACGUCACCGACAUGAACCAGGUCAAACAAACUUUAAAGCUAUUUAAACAAGAGCUAUCACGCAGUGUAUACAACCCGCACAGGACUAGACUGGAGGUCGAAAGAACGGGGAGGCCAUGUUGGAUUUACAGUAAACAGCUUGUGUGAUCCCGACCUCAGAAAUGCAUCCCCGGCGCAGUGCCCAGGACGUCCUACUGUGUGACUUCUGUGAAACUGCCCCCCUACAGAGUCACUGUAAACUUUGUCAUAUAAAUCUCUGUGUUAUCUGUGUCGGUAAACAUCUCUCCGAUUCCUCUAAAGAUCACAAUGUCGUGCCCUUUAUAAAACACAUAAAGUCUACCUCUAACUACCCAAAAUGUCCGAAACACGCCGAAAAACAUUGUGAAAUGUUCUGUGAGAAAUGUGCCAUUCCUGUCUGUUCUACCUGCGUCACCUCAGGUGAACAUGAAGGUCACAAAUUUUCAGAUGUUCUGAAAAAAAUCAGCUCUAAAACAGAAAGUUUACAAAAAGAUUUAGAGGAACUCGAGACCAGAAUUCAUCCCCGAUAUGAAGAAAUGGCGUCCGAUGUCCAAACUGAGAAAGCCGAGUUAGAAACUAAAUACGGGAAACUGACAACAGCCGCCGAUCAACAAGGAGAACUCUUACACCGGGAGAUUACCGCCAUUGUCAACAAGCGGAAAUCCGACAUUGCGGAGAUGAAAAACAAACACCUGGCCGCUCUCAAUAAAAAUACAGAUGAAAUUACAAACCGAAUUACAGAACUCAGACAGAUCAUUCAGGACCUGAAGAAAAUACUGGACUCCAAUGACGUCUCCUUAACCUCAUCUUACAAAUCUAGGAAUUCCGAAUUCAGAACAUUACCGUCUAAAGUCCGAGUCACAUUACCGAGUUUCUCUCCUCAGAAAAUAAACAAAGAUCAGCUCAAUGAAAUGUUCGGUUCUCUGCCGCCAUUAUCCAUUAACACAGAACAUGGCGACACAAUGAAGUCAGCAGAAGCUGUAUCGUCUCCUCCAGUCAAACCACUGCUUGAUGAGCCGCGCAUCACCGCCACCAUAGACACUGGGUAUGGUAGAUACGAACUACGCAGUGUUAGCUGUCUGAGUGAAGAUCAAGUCUGGACACGCGGCGAUAACAAAACCAUGAUGCUGCUCAACCUCCAGAGUGAACUACUGACAUCAAUAAAAACCAAGUCAGGGAACACACCGCGGGACAUAGCAGUGACACGGGACGGAGAUCUUGUUUAUACUGACUAUCAUGAUAAAACUGUUAACUUAAUUAAGAAUAAACAGAUACAGACCGUGAUCACACUACAGGGGUGGAUACCCUUUAGACAGGGGUGGAGACCUCUCAAUGUCUGCUGUACCGCGGCUAACAACCUCCUGGUUACCAUGGAGAGUGAUGAUGAAACACAAUCCAAAGUCGUGCGUUACUCCGGCUCCAAAGAGAAACAAAGCAUUCAGUUUGAUGAUCAGGGUCGUCCUCUCUAUUCAUCUGGUUAUUAUAAAUACCUCAGUGAGAACAGGAACCUGGAUAUCUGUGUGGCUGACUGUGACGCUAGAGCAGUAGUGGUGGUCAAUCAGUCAGGAAAACUCCGAUUUAGAUACACUGGUCAUCCCUCUAAUACCAAGCAACCAUUUGAUCCAGUCGGCAUCACUACAGACAGCCAGAGUCACAUCCUGACAGCAGACAAUGACCGUAUCCACAUCCUAGAUCAGGACGGACAGUUCCUCCGUUACAUUCUCUGUGGUUUAGAAGAUCCAUCAGGUUUAUGUGUGGACAUCAGAGACAACCUCUUUGUGGCUGAGUAUCGCACUGCUAAAGUGAAGAAAAUCCAAUAUCUAUAAUCACAGUGUUAAUUACACAUCUCAACACGGCGUUAAUUACAUCUACACAGUGUUAAUUACAUUUCUAAACACAGUGCAAUUUACAGCCUUAUGUUAAUUACUUACUUACUUACUUAGUCCUCUUCGUGCUUGUCAGCACAUAAGGCCGUCACCAGAGACUUCCAUGUUGGUCUGUCAGCACAUAAGGCCGUCACCAGAGACUUCCAUGUUGGUCUGUCUUUCGCCCAUUUCUGGACCUGUCCCCAACUCCAGUUGUUAUCUUUCAUUUCUUUCUCCACCGAUCUUCUCCAGGUCUCUCUUGGUCUUCCUCUCUUUCUCUUGUCAGUUGGUGACCAUUUCAAAGCAACCCUUGGGAUGGAAUUUGUGUACAUUCUGCAUACAUGUCCUAUCCACAGCCAUUUUCUCUUUCUGAUCGUCUGGGAUAGAGGAGUGGUGUUUGUCCUUUUGUACAGUUCGUCAUUUGAGAUGGUGUUAGGCCAGAAGAUGCGCAAUAUUCUGCGGAGACAUCGGGUCUGAAAUACAUCCAGCUUGUUGGAAAUAGACUUGGUUACUUUCCAAGAUUCAGCACCAUAUAGUAGGACCCCAAGCACGUUGCUCUUGAAGAUCUUAAUUUUGGUGUUGGUGCUAAACUUUGUUGACCUCCAGAUGUUCCGCAGAGCAGCAUACGCUCCUGUGGCUUUAGAAAUGCGAGCUUGUACAUCUGCCUCUGAAUCCCCAUCAGUGGUGAUCUUACUUCCUAGGUAUGGGAAGUUGGUGACAUCUUCGAUGUUUGUGCCAUUUAAGGAGAUUGGUUCCUCUGAUAUGGUAUUGACCUUCAUGAUCUUAGUUUUGGAGGUGUUUAUAUGAAGGCCAAUUGUUUCAGCUGUUUUUGCGAGCUGGGUGGUUUUUUCUUGCAUGUCUCGAUGACGGUGAGAUAACAGUGCAAUAUCGUCCGCAAAAUCAAGGUCUUCAAGUACUUCUGUCAUACCCCAAGUAAUCCCUGUUCGUUUGCUUCUAGUUGUUUUUCGCAUAAUCCAGUCGAUGCAGAAGGUAAAGAGAAGAGGAGAGAGCAGACAUCCCUGUUUCACUCCUGUCGUCAAUUUAAACUCCUCUGAUAGGCUUGAUCCGCAGAUAACUCUGGCAUUAAGUUCAGUGUAUUGCAUCUUGAUGAUGGAGAUGAUUUUAUCUGGGAUUCCAUAAUGAUGAAGGAUUCUUUCUAGGGCUAGGCGAUUAACACUAUCAAAAGCUUUGGUGAAGUCAAUGAAAUUGAUGUAUAAUGGGGAGUUCCAUUCAUUGCUUUGUUCUAGAAUUUGUCUGAGAGCGAAUAUCUGAUCAGCGCACGACUUCCCUUUCCUAAAGCCUGCUUGUUCUUGACGCAGUAAGGGAUUUGUUACUUCUGCAAUUCUGUCCAGUAUCACUCUGCUUAGAACCUUCAUGGUAAUAGAAAGCAACAUUAUUCCUCUAUAGUUGUUACAAUUUGAGAGGUCUCCUUUCUUUGGUAAUUUAACUAUAAGGCCAGUUUUCCAGAAGGAUGGUGUUUCUUCUGAUUCCCAGAUCUUCUGUAGGAUAUUUGUCAAAAUUUUAGGUGUCCAGUAUUCUUCGGCCUUGAGGAGCUCUGCAUGUAUCUGAUCAAUGCCUGCAGCUUUUCCAUUUUUAAGUUUGGUGAUUGCCUUUUUUACCUCUUCUAUACUUGGUGGAUCAGUAUCAAUAUCUAAUGUGUCCGUGGCUGGUAAUAUUAUUGCUUCGUUCUCUGGGUCUUUCAUAUUAAAUACUUCUUCAAAAUGUUCCUUCCAGCGUUUCAGUAUGUCUUCUUCUUUUGAUAGUACAUUUCCCCGUUUGUCUUUAAUUGGUAGCUCUGAUGACUGAAAUUUGCCUGCUAAUGUUUUGUAAUUCGAUAGAGGGUCUGCAUGUCUUGUUUAGAAGCUGCUUGUUCUGCCUCAUAAGCUAGCUUUUCAGUGUAUGCCUUUCUGUCAGCUCUUACACUCCUCUUUACUUCCCUGUCAAUAGCCCGAUAUUCUGCCUGGAGUUGGUCCUUUUGCCUCUUAGAUUUUGUGGAUAAGAUUUUACUUUUCUUCUCUUUUCGUUCUUCUACUAUUUUCCAUGUUUUAUCUGAAAUCCAUUCUUCUUUUUUCUUUCUCUUUGGGCCAAGUAUUUGUUGACUAUUUUCUAUUAAUACCUUGUUAAAAGUUUCCAUAUCGAUUUCAUCAGGAUGUUCCAUGAGUGUUGAAAACUUGUUCUGGAUUUUUAAUUGAAAAGAUCUCAGGGUUUUUGUAUCUUUGAGUUUUUGGAUGUUGAUUGGAGGUGGUCUUUGAUCUUUUUUCCUUGAUUUCCUCAGUUUUAACUUGAUUUUUGCCAGUACUAAAGAGUGGUCACUUCCCAUAUCAGCCCUUGUUUUGCAACCACAUCGAGAAGACUACUUCUCCAUCUCUUGUUGACGAUAAUAUGGUCAAUUUGGUUCUUUGUAUGACCAUCUGGUGAGUUCCAUGUCUUAUGGAUGUCUUUGUGCAUGAAUAUAGUUCCACCAAUUACUAGGUCGUUUUCUUGGCAGAAAGUGCAUAGUCUCUCUCCGUUGUUGUUACACUCUCCUAUUCCUUGCUGGCCCAUGAUGGUUUCUUUACCUUGGUUGCAUUUUCCAACUUUAGCAUUUAAGUCUCCAAGGAUAAGCAGAACAUCAUGAGAUGGUGUGUCGUCUACUACAUUUUGUAGGCUGUCAUAGAAAGAUAUUUUCUCUUCAUCUUCUGCAUCAUCUGUUGGUGCAUAGCAAACCACAGCAGUCAAUUUGGCGAAGACUGAGUUGUACCUUGCUGUUAUUAUUCGCUCACUCACAGGUUUCCAUUCUAGAAGACUUCUGUGGACCUCCUUUGUUGUAAUAAUGGCUACUCCUUUGCUAUGAUGGUCGUCGGUUCUUCCAGAGUAGAGUAUCUGAUGUCCAGAUACUAGUUGUUUUCAUCCACUACCUGUCCAUCUGGCUUCACUAACUCCUAGGAGCUCGAUCUUGUAAUGCUCCAUUUCUCUCACCACUUGUGCUAGUUUUCCUGUUUGGUAGAGGGUCCGCACGUUCCAGCAGCCCACUCUACGGAUUAUUUUCGGUCGAAGGACAUCUCCUAUCGGGAUGGAUGAUUCACCCGUCAUACUUCCAGUGUCCUGAAUGGUGUCAAUCCUUCUUCCAUCAUUUUGUUCUCUGGUUAAGGUUUCAGUAGCGUCUUUUGUUUAACAUGUUAGGGUUGCUGGCCCUAAGCAUAACCCCCUGAACUCGGAGGACCAGUGGUUUUCUGUUGGGGUUGUCCUUCCCUUAGAUGAUUGCUUUCCCUUGCUUUCGUGUUCAUCUACACAGAUUUUCUUUCUGGAUUUUCUUCCAUAGCCUUUGACUUGCCAAAGCCAUCCACAAGGCAGUGGAACUAUUUGACCCAUAGAUGGGGCAAGGUUGGUGAGAACCAGGGCAUGUCCACGCGCAGGUGGGCCUGCACUCUGCACCUCUAGGGUCCUUACUACUCCGAGAUCCCCUUCAUGUUAGCCUUGAGUGCUAGACCCAAAAUUCCGUGUGUUGCCCCGAGGAGGCGUUUGAAGGAGUCUAAGUAAUGUAGAGGCUAUGUACUGGCAGGGCGAGAUUUCUGCUUUCGCUACUUUCCCUUUCACCUACAAGUAGGCUAGCCAGCGGCAGUAAGGAUCUAUAGGCGUUUGAUCUUUACCGCACUAGACGCAUAUCAUUACUCUGUGAUAAACACCAACACACUAUGUUAAUUACAGUGCCAUGUUAAUUACAGUUCUGUGUUAAUUACAGUUCCUUGUUAAUUACAGCCCUGGGUUUGUGAGUGUAAUUAACGUGUUCUUGUGUUUGUGUGUGUAAGGAUAGAACACUAGUCUCUCACUGCUGUUUAGUAAUUAUACCUUACAAUAUCUGUAUUAUAAUUAAUGAGACACUGUUAAUCUUAGUAUACUAAUUACAUGUACUUAUCUAUUGACACAGUAGUUGUGUGUUUGUGUGUGUACGGAUAGAACAUUAGUCUCUCGCUGCUGUUUAGUAAUUAUAUCGUACAAUAUCUGUAUCAUUAUAAUUAAUGAGACAUGAUUUAUCUUCGUAUACUAAUUACUUAUUUGACUGUGUUACUGGUUAUUUAUCUCUAUACAAUCUUUUAAACACAUGUGAGUCACGGAAUACAAUUUAAUGAAUGUAUUAAAAUUAGUUAUUGUGAAGUACUUAGGAAUUUCUCUUUGUCAGUAAUUAUUUUGGCCCAAUUACUAAUUUGACUGUGUUAGUAUUUAUUCAUCUAUCUAUAUAAAAUCUUUUGAACACAUGUUUAUAUAAUCAAUUAAUUCAACGAAAAUCAAUUAUUGUGAUGUACUAAGAAAUUCUAUUUAGUGUGUAGCCUUGAAUUAUAGUACAUCCACUAGUGAGUACUUACAAGUAAUUAAUUGAAUUGAAUUCUAUAGCCUUGAAUUAUAGUACAUUUACUACUGAGUACAAUGUACUUACAUGUAGUAUUACUUGUUUUUGUGUGAUGAACAGCUAACAGAACAGUAUUUUGGAAAUUAUUGUAUUUAUUACAUGUAUUAUAUAACUGUGUAUAUAUAAACACUAUUUAGAGUACAA